CACAUUCUGGUCCUAGUAAAAUGCUGUUUCAUUUAUUUUUCGUUUUAAUAUGUAUAGUAUUUUGUUGUAUCAUAUACGUAAAACAAUGUAUGGAAUGAAUUUGUAACACAAUAAUAUUAUAAAUGUUAUUAUUACUAGGGGUGUCACGAGAUCAAUCGGUGACAAGAUUUUUUGUUUGGAGAAAAGCUGUCUUGCGACAAACAGGGCAGCCGCAAGCCAAUCAGACUGUGAACUCGGUAUUGCCAACUUGGUGAUUUUGUCGCAAAAAUUUUCACAAAAGCGCCUUUUUUUUGUCGUCGUUGGAGAGUUUCCUGUUACUUGGGGAUUUAAAAAUGAAAGCACGUAUUGUUCUACAGUUUCGGUUCUCACUGAGCAGCAGCGGGUAAAGCAGUCACAAGCCGCCCGUGCACAGUCAGCUUGCGCGGCUCACUCUGAGCAUAGUUGAGCUCUACGCAUCCACGAAUCACGCUUGCGCGAGGUGCGAUGCCGCCGCCAUGGAUCUCGCCUCUUUUACAUAGCAAGAUCUAAAACGUAACAUUUCUUAACCUUUAUUAAAUGACUACUCAUUACACUCACGCCUCGUUCGGACUCGCUCACUUGAGUGUGUCGGAACGUGUGAUGGAAGAACGUUGUGUGAUAAAUGAAACAAUCAGAGGCGAGUCCAGAUGUAAUUAUUACGCUGUCUGGACCUUGAGAGCCGCUGGCCAGGAUAAAAUAUUAAAAACAUUUUAUUUUGAUGAAGUGGCGGCCAAUUUUAAAUGAACAAACCAAGAAUCAAGUUUAUUUGUAGUUCUUGACGUAAUUAAGGUGUUUUUACUCACUUUUUGGCAACAGUGCACAUGGUUUUGUGACAUAAAAAAAUGUGUCCAGUUAAAUUUUUGUCAUUGUACUUUUCUUACAAUUAAUGUUAAAAUCUCAUCUCGUCUCGUUCUUGGUGGACUCAAACUCCUGUAUCGUCUCGUCUCAUGAGCGGACACCCCUAAUUAUUUCAAAGAUUUUAAUAUGUGCUUUUUUUGUUUGCAUUUCUGUUGCUCAUUACCGGAUUUGACAUCUGCAUGCUGGCAAAAUAACGCAAAUCUUGCAAUUAAAAUAGUACAAGAUCAUUAUGUGCCAUGAGUGUUAACCUAGACGUGCCUUAUAGAUGUCUUCUGGACUCCUGAGGAACAUUCAUUGAAGUCUUAUAGAGGAAAUACGGGUAAAUAUAAUUAACAGUCAGGGAGCUGCCCGUGGUCCUGAAAUACUUUCCUUUCCUCGUCUUUCUUUCUCUCGCUCUCUCUCUCUCUCUCUCUCUCUGGUAAAGUGUGUGUGUUUGCAUUGAGCGGCAGAAGAUGAAGAGACACUGAAGGCAUCGCGUUGCCUUCACCCUCGCAGCUCUCCUCAUGCAGGAAUCUUUAGCUUGUUCUCUCACACUGGCAGAAAAUCCAAACCUAGCGUUCUUGGCACGCCUGACAUCAUAAACUAGGAUUACGUCAUCAGUAGGUAAGCAUGUUGCUCUUGUUCUUUCCGUUGCUCAUAAAUCACGUCUGUUAAAACACUUUUGUUUUUCUUCUUUGUCCUUAUUCUACUGCUUGCAUGUGUGAGUAACAGGAAGAAAAGCGGCGUCUGGCGCCACCUGUCGGUUUGCACGUAGAAAUCUUUCCACCCCAAAUAUAAGACGACUUUCUUCUCUGGAAGAAAUGUCCUCUAAUAUUCAUGUCUAUAUGUGGAGGUUGUUGCCAUGGGUGCGUGCAGCAGGAAGGCCCUGACUUUGCUCAGCAGCGUGUUUGCAAUUAGCGGCUUAGCCCUGCUGGGGGUGGCAGUCAGUACAGACUACUGGUUGUACCUGGAAGAAGGCGUCAUCGUGCCCGUCAACCAGAGCGCCGACAUCAGGAGCUCGCUGCACUCCGGCCUCUGGAGGGUCUGCUUCCUGACGGGAGGCGAGGCAGGUGGAUGCUUCACCAUUGAGUACAUGAUGCCUGCCAAUGUCAAGUUCACGUCAGAGUCCACAGUCAAUAUCCUGAAGAUGAUCCGCUCAGCGACUCCUUUCCCCGUGGUCAGCCUCUUCUUUAUGUUCAUCGGCUUCGUCCUCAACAACAUCGGCCACGUCAGGCCCCAUCACACCAUCCUGGCUUUUGUUUCAGGAAUCUUCUUCAUCCUGUCAGGUCUGGCUCUGGUGGUGGGUCUGGUGCUGUACAUAUCCAGCAUCAACGAUGAGGUGUUGAACAGGACCAGAAGCCACGAGGUCUACUUUAAGUACAAGUAUGGAUGGUCCUUUGCCUUUGCUGCCAUCUCCUUCCUGCUCACUGAGAGCGCAGGUGUCAUGUCGGUCUACUUGUUCAUGAAGCGGUACACAGCAGAGAUCUACAGACCUCGCCAUCACACAUUCUACAGACCUCGCCUCAGCAACUGCUCAGACCACUCGGGUCACUUCCUGCACCCGGAGGUGUGGUCAAGGGGCCGCAGUGCCUCCGACAUCUCUAGCGAGGCCUCCUCCAUCCAGAUGGGCGCCAGUAACCCUGCUCUCCUCAAAUGCCCUGACUAUGAGGGGGACGCUGGAGGUCACAUUUUGACGCACAUGCUGUGAUUGGCUGUGCAUUUUAAAAUGAAGAGUUUUGGAUUUGUUCACUUUAUAUAUUUGUAUUUUGUUGUUACACCCAGGAGGCAGCAGAGGGCGUGCUCUCCUCAUUAAUCUCAAUGAUUCAUUUAUGCCUUUACCGCUUAAUGUCCUGCUACUUUUGU